UUCGCGCCGGUUCAGUCGGGUUAGAGGAGCUGCUGCUGAGAGACGGUGACCCUCACGUACCACACACACGGAUAGCCACCAUGACGCAUUUCAAUAAGGGACCGGCUUACGGGCUGUCCGCCGAGGUCAAAAACAAGAUUGCACAGAAAUAUGACCCUCAAGUGGAAGAUGAGCUUCGUCUUUGGAUAGAAGAAGUCACUGGCAUGAGUAUCGGUGAAAACUUCCAGCUUGGCUUGAGGGAUGGAGUCAUUCUUUGCAAUCUUAUUAACAAGCUGCAGCCCGGCUCCGUCAAGAAAAUAAAUGAUGCAAAAAUCAACUGGCACAAGCUGGAGAAUAUUGGAAACUUCAUUAAAGCUAUGCAGGAGUAUGGGAUGAAGCCACACGAUAUUUUUGAAGCAAAUGACCUUUUUGAGAAUGCAAACAUGACUCAAGUUCAAAUUUCUCUGGUUUCUCUAGCUGGUUUGGCAAAAACAAAAGGCUUCCACACUACAGUAGACAUUGGUGUGAAGUAUGCUGAAAAGCAGAAGAGGCACUUUGACGAAGGGAAACUAAAAGCGGGACAAAGUGUGAUUGGGUUACAGAUGGGAACCAACAAAUGUGCCAGUCAAGCUGGAAUGACGGCGUAUGGAACCAGAAGGCACCUUUAUGACCCAAAAAUGCAGACUGAUAAGCCAUAUGAUCAGACAACAAUAAGUUUACAGAUGGGAACAAACAAGGGUGCUAGCCAGGCUGGCAUGUCUGCUCCGGGAACCAGAAGAGAUAUCUAUGAUCAGAAAGGAAUCUUGCAGCCAAUGGAUAACUCUACCAUUUCAUUACAAAUGGGAACCAACAAAGUGGCCUCUCAGAAAGGCAUGAGUGUGUAUGGCCUCGGGCGCCAGGUAUAUGAUCCCAAGUACUGUGCUGCACCAACAGAACCCAUUAUCCAUAACGGAAGCCAAGGCACCGGAACAAACGGCUCUGAAAUCAGCGACAGCGACUACCAGGCAGAAUAUCACGAUGACUAUCCCGGGGAGUAUCCAGAUGACUACCCGAGAGAUUACCACGGGCAGUACAGCGACCAGGGCAUCGAUUAUUAGAUGUAUACGGUGUAGUCUGUUUAUUAGUUUAUUUUAUUCAAUUAAGACCAAGCUAGCCUUGUGUAAUUUUACUUGUCUUCCUUAAACACUACUAUGCUUUAAUAUGGAAACAAAUUUUUGCCUUACAUUCCUUCUUCGUUUCUGCCUUCUAUCCCUAGUUGCCUUCUAGUGCUGAGACUGGUUUAUUCUGCAGCAUUACCAAUAAUUGCAUAUGAAGUAAAAGGAAUACUGUGAAUAAUGAAGGGAGCAUUUGUACAGUGAGUUAUGCCAUGUCAGGACUAUGCAUUUUUGCUAUAUGUAUCAUGGAGUGAGUGUUAUAAAGAAUCUGCCUUUUAUCCAAUUUUCUCAGUGGGUGGUAGUUUUGAAACUGAUGGUAUAGCGGUGGGUAGGUAAAUGUUUUUAUGGUCCUUUUUAUUCCAUUGCCAACCGUAUGUUAGAUUGAUUCUAUAAAGAAGUAUUACCUGCUUUUUGUUUUCCACCAUAUAAAUAUUGCGCACUCUGGCUUUCUUACGCCCAUCACACCGGACUUGAUCCUAGAGGGUCACACACUGAAGCAGGACAGAAGAACCGUUUUUAUAUUGUUUUCCUCCAGCCACGCGCAUGUAUAAUCUUGGCAUGUUUGUUGUAAUAACAUUAAAACUUGGUUCCAGAAGGGCCGGUUAGAGGAAGAUCUCUCAAUCUAUGGAUCGCUACUGUGUUUGUGUAAAAGGAUAUUAAACACAAGUGGUCCGUAACCCAUUGUGAGCUGAACAAAGGAUGACGAGGAGCUUGUAUGGAAGUUAAGACCAGUCUCUCUCUGGACAGCUAUCUGUGAUGUUUCUGUGAUGGGAUCCAUGUAAGAAAGCCAGAGGGAUUUUAACCUGCUCUACAUUCCCUUUUCUGUCUUUAAUUCAAGGAAAUCUGUAUCGGUUGUUUUUUAGGACCAUGCAAAUGUCUUAACUCCCUUGCAAACUUAAUUGCCUGUACCUGCAGACAGUUUGUCCCUGCAAGGGUUAAUGCUUAAAUUUGCAUUUAUAUUUUUCCGUGCCAUAUUGUACCCAUGUAGUAUUUGCUUCAUUUCUGUUAUGUAUAUUUAUUGUCACAUUUCUCAGCAUAAACUGAUCCCAAUGUAUUUUUUUAUAAAUAAAUUUUGAUAUUUUUUUUCUUUGAAGAGAUCAC